CACUUUCCAUUCCCGUGGGAAUUCUCGCAAGUACGAUGUCGCAUGCCAUCAUAUUGUAAGUACACGAAACUUGUGGGACAAGGUUGCUGUGUAUUUCAAGGACUGACGGUGUUUCAAACUUCAAGCAAGAAUGUAGGAGCCACAUAAUAUCGAGAGCACACGUUUCAACUUCACGUUGAUCAAAUCUAAUUGUAUAAUACUUACUAACAACGUAAUUUUUUAUCAGUUCCCGUACUGCGGCGAUUUCGGCGAGGUCGAUUUUACAUAAAUCAGCCAAUGAAACGUUCCAUCGCCAUCAUCGUUAAGCUAGACGACAGAAUGGUGUAGUAUCGUUUACACCUACUAACGCAUCUUCAUGGAGCCUUCAGAGGCUGACGAUCAUGUCCAAGUUGCAGUAGCCUGGAGUCUGCAUUACUUAGCGUGCAUACGCAUGGUGCAGGUUACAUUCUGGACCUAUGAUUAUAUCUGUUUACUCGACGAAGAGUGGACAUACCUGCUUCAGUCGUGCUGGACUAGGGUAAAAGCCCUUUAUAUAAUUGCACGAUAUGGCCCCAUUUUCUCCUUGAUCCUAACCCUAUAUCUCUCCUUCGCCCCGAACGAGGACCUCAAUAAAUGCAGGACGCUAAUCGAAGUUUACUCGUGUUUUGGAAUGAUAUCACUCGCUUGCUCCGAAUGGAUUUUUGCGCUCAGAACUUGUGCGCUUUGGAACAACAAUCGAAUCGUGCUCGUAACCAUACUGGCCACCCUUUUUGUCGUUGCUGCUACAUCCACCGGCCUUCGUUUUACAGCGAUUUCUUCCUCAUAUGUCAUGACUAGCGCGAUCCCAGGCAUUACUGGCUGUUACACGGGCUCGGGCGAUAUAUGGUACUUCGUGUCGUUGGUUCCUUUGCUUGUUUUUCAACUGGGAUUGGUCUCCCUUUCACUCAUACAUGCCGUACAGAACUGUCGGACAGACAAGGGGAAUCUGUACGUCAUCAUGGUGAAGCAUAACAUAUUCUACUAUGCAUGUGGUGUCUUUCUUUCGGCCACGAAUAUCCUCGUACCAAUGCUGUUUUCCGAUGCCUCACAUCGCUCCUUUGAAGAUUUGGAGGUCUCUAUCCUUGCGAUCCUCGCCACUCGCAUGCACCUCCAUUUCUGGCAUAGUGACCAGCGCAUGCGCAGCUCUGGUUUGCCGAUAAUGCUACCAAGUACUUACAUGCUUGUCGGAUUGGAAUCCGAGGCGGCUGAGGCAAGCAUUUUGAGGCUUUAACCCUCGAGUCAGGAACAUGAUAGGUCAGGAUAUAUCCAUAUUGAUCGAGACCGCUGUAGUAGUAGAGUUGUCUGGCGCAGGUCCUGGGUCGUAGUCAGUAGUCCUACGCUGUUGUUACAGCCAGUCCUCGAUGGAUAGAGCCGCAGUCUCCAGUUUCUUGUAUUUCCCUUGCAGUCCCUGCCCGUUGCACCAGGAGUGACGAGAGUCAAUCAAAACUUUGCUACUUGCGUGUACAUACAGGAUUGA